AUGAAAAACACACUUGGCUACGCACUCUUGACCUGCGCUGUCUACCAGGUUCAAGGCAAUGUCUCGAAAUGGAGCAGCGACGAGCCGAGGUGGACUCCGGCUCACGAGACGGUUGACUCGAUGCUCUCGCUUGGCUCGCAGUCUCCAGUCCCAACCGCUCCCCCAGAGAUAUCAACUCCCAGAAAACUACUACUAGUGCCGGAUCCGGGCACCGUUACCGUUAACACGAACGUGUGCGGGUACAUGGACGGCAAAAGGGAGUCUCCCCUGUUCUGCGCCAGCACACAGCUCUGCGCAUACAACGAUGUCAACUCCUACUUUGGGUGCUGCGAUACCGUUUCGAAAAGUCAUGACCUCUCAAGUGACUGCUUGGUUCCCACAGUCUGCUAUGACUCAGCGGAAAAGUAUCGCUAUACAUACCCUAACGGCAGAACGCUGUGGUGUGGUAACUCAAAUUACCCCCGCUGCUACACACACAAGUACCAAGAUGACGGCCUGAUCGGCUACACGUUUCUCGGCUGCGCCAAGGCCGACGGCACGGGCAAGGUAUGGAGGACUCCGACUCCUUCGCCGACCAGCACCUCGUCUAGCAGCAGCAGCCUGAGUAGCAGCUCGUCUUCCACCACUACGAUUAGCACUACUGUCUCUAGCAGCAGCAACUCAAGCAACGCAACCCCUAUCGCGCCGCACGAACCCUCCUCCUCCUCUUCUUCGGUUCCGAUAGGCGCCAUUGUCGGCGGCGUGGUCGGCGGCCUAGCUGCCAUUGCCCUGAUUCUCUGGGGAAUUUGGGCGCUCAGGCGGCAGAAUAGCAGGGGCCCUGUUUUUGCCUAA